GUUUUAAAAACACCUCUUAGAGAGAUGUGUGUAAACAUAAAGCUUGGUCAAAGGCACUUCAUGACCAGAACUAGGCAGUUUCAGUAAUUAUUUUCCAAGUGAAGGCUGGAUAGUAACACAGCCCAUGAACAGGCUCGUAUAUAUCUGUGUGCUGUCUUGCUUUGCUGCAGUGGAUGCUCAGUCACCCACAGCAAGUGGAUGCCAGCGAGGUGAUGGCUCUUCUGCUCCUCCUGGAGAAGUGUGCAUCUCCACCAACCGGUGUGGAGACAGCGGUGAUGAGAAACAAGGUUCCUCCUGGAACAGCUGUGAUUUUGAAACCAAUCUAUGCAGAGUUCUUCCUGAAUUCAAUUUACACCGUGGCUGGAUAAGAAGAAAUGGUCAGUCUGGCAUGGGACCACCAUACUCUGACCACAGUGGAAAUGAGAGUGCUUAUUUCCUGUCAUUGUCCCCUGAAAUGCAAUCCUCUUCUGCAGCUUUAAGGACAAGUGUUUUCCUUCCAACUGAUGAAGAACACCUUUGCCAGAUUAGAUUUCAUUACUGGGUCAGUCAUAUGAGUGGAACAUUUAUGGUGGGGCUCCAGAAGCACUCUGAAGAUACUGUUACAAAUGUUUGGCAAGCUUCAGGAGAGCUACGAAAUCAGUGGAAUGUAAAUACCAUUACAAUCAAGAGCACUGAAAAGUAUGAGGUUAUCUUUUCGGUGAUGCUGGAGACACAGCGACAAGGUGAAAGUGUUGCCAUUGAUGAUAUUACCUUUAGUGAAGGAUGUUCUGUAGCACGUGCACCACAGAUUUCCCCUUUUGAGCUUGGCAUAUGCGGGUGGCGCUCGGAGCAGCGAGCUGAGCCUGCUCAGCGGGAUCGGCUGCAAGCCGGCCACAGGAUUGCCUCCUGCUCCUUCCUGGAGGAUUCGAGCAACAACACUCAAGGCCAUUUCAAGUGGUUAGAUGCUAAUUACGAUGCUUUAUAUGAAAAGGCCCAUCUAAACAGCUCCAUGUGUCAUUGUUCCAGCAAGAACUGCCGUUUUCAGUUUCACUACUCCAUGGCAGAUAGCAGUGUUCUCAAGGCAGUGCUGCUUAUGAACCAGGAGGAACAUGUCUUGUGGGAGACCAACAUCAUGACUAAUAAGGAAUGGGUCAAAGUGAAUAUACAGCUACCAACAGGGCUAGAAAAUAUAAAGCUUGUGUUUAAAGGAGUACUCCAGAGCAGGGAAGGCUUCAUCUGCUUGAAUAACAUCCAGCUCUUGGAUGCUGCACCAUCAGAGCCACCAGGUUUCUGCUCCUUGAAAGACUCCACCUGCAGGGAUGGGCAGCCCAUGGUGCCUGGAUCAGGCGGUGAGUCUCACCUGGAUUGCCCUGAUGGCAGCGAUGAGGACCCAGCCACCUGCUCUAAUUACACCUUAUGUGAUUUUGAGACUGACCUUUGCGGAUGGAAGCCACUGAGCAGAGGUGAUGCUGACUGGAACAUCAUGAAAGAACAGGCUCCCCUUGACAGAGAACUCCCUGGCAGAGACCAUACAAAUGCUAUGGGCCAUGGGGCCUUCAUUUACUUCAGUGGAUCACAUCAGAGGAGCACAAAGAUGGCCACGUCUCACCUGGGAAGCCCUUUCCUUGUCAAGCUUCCCCCUGGGCUCUCCUGCUGCCAGGUAAGAUUUUGGUACCGGUUAUCUCAGGAUUCUCAGCUUUCUGUCUUUAAGAGGACUGCGUUGAAUGGAAGUUUGGAAAAAUUACGUGACAUUUCAGGAUUGCCUGAGAUGAAUUGGACCAAAGUAAAUAUACCUGUAGAAAGUACGGCUGAGGAAUUACCUUUUCAGAUUAUCUUGCGAGGUACUAUUCUAACAACAAAUGCUACUGUUGCUAUUGAUGAUAUCAGUAUAACAGAGGAAUGUGUAGUUGUGAACAGAUCACCUCCAGGAGUCAGCCAGGAAGGUGAAGCUGCUGUGUGUGAUUUUGAAAGAGAGAGCUGUGGCUGGAUCGAAACUGCAAAUGCAGAUGAAUUUGACUGGGUAAGAAGCUCCAGCAGUGCUCUUCCACCUGCAUUUCAGAAGCAAGCUCCUCCACGGGAUCACACCUAUAACAAACCCGAAGGUCAUUUUAUGUUCAUUCUGAAGAAAAACAACAGCAUUUCACAAAUAGCUCAACUACGAAGCCCAAAGUUCAGGCAAACUGGAUCAAAUUGCACACUGUCCUUUUGGUACUACAAUUAUGGACAGUCAGUUGGGGCAGCAGAGCUGCAAUUGCUUGUGGAUGGGCUGAAAAAGCCUACUGUCCUUUGGAGGACGUAUUACAGCGAGGGAAAUCAGUGGCUGAGAGCAGUCAUUCAGCUUGGACGCCUUCCACAUCCUUUCCAAUUUUCACUUGAUAAAAUCAGCCUGGGUAUUUAUGAGGGCGUCUCAGCAAUUGAUGAUAUUAGAUUUGAAAACUGUGCUCUCCCGCCUCCAGCAUCAAGUUGUGAAGGUCCAAAUCGCUUCUGGUGCAGAGACACAAAAGCGUGUAUUGACAGUUUAUUGGUCUGUGAUCUUGUGGAUGACUGUGGCGAUGGAUCGGAUGAAGACAGCUGUGACCCUGACCUACAGUGUAACUUUGAAAAUGGGCUGUGCAAUUGGGAGCAGGAUGUAUGGGAUGACUUUGACUGGAUCAGAAUACGGGGUCCAACCCCCACAGUUAAUACAGGACCAUUGAAGGACCGCACCACGGGCACAGCCAGAGGACACUACCUUUACCUGGAAUCCUCUGAGCCACGCCAAUUCCAGGAUAAAGCAGUUUUACUUAGUCCUCUCUUCCACCCUUCUGCCAAUGGAACCUGUGUUUUCCGCUUUCAUUAUCAUAUGUUUGGAAAAGAAGUUUAUAAGCUGUCAGUCUUCCAAAGAACUGUGAGUAAUACUAAGGGAUGGCUGUUGUGGUACAAGUUUGGAAAUCAAGAAAACAGAUGGAUCAGACAGACACUCUUCAUCAGCAGUUCUAAGCCAUUUCAGAUUUUGGUGAAAGGCAUUGUAGGAGAUGGUUUCACUGGGGACAUUGGGCUUGAUGACAUGUCUUUUCUGGGCUGUGCUCUUUACAACGGAAACUUGCCCACUAUUUCUACAACUACUUCAGGAACUUCAGUUCCUGCCACGCUCCCCAUGAACAACUGCACAGAGAAGGAGUUUGUCUGUCGAGCCUCUGGCCACUGCAUCCAGAUGAUCCAGAAGUGUGAUUUUAGACCUGACUGCUCUGAUAAGUCUGAUGAAUCAGCUUGUGUUAUGGAAGUCUGUGACUUUGAAGAUAAAGACCUGUGUGGAUGGCAUCAACCAGCCUUGGAACAGAUGUCAGGAAUUUAUUCCAUACCUAUCAGAAAGACAUUCAAGUGGCAGCUCGGAAGAGGAGCAAAUCUCUAUCCUGAGCAAGAACAACACUGCCCAUUGACCGAUCAUACCACGUGCACUGAAGAAGGGUGGUACCUCUUUGCAGACAGCUCAAAUGGAGAGUUUGGUCACACAGCUGACAUUGCUACCCCAGUCAUCUCCCUUACAGGGCCCAGAUGCAAAAUCAUAUUCUGGAACCACAUGAAUGGUUCAACAAUAGGUUCUCUGGAGGUGCUCUAUAAAAGCAGUAACAAGACUUCUAAAUUGUGGACUCAAAGUGGCAGCCAAGGUCCCCAGUGGAACAGAGCAGAGGUGUUCUUAGGAAUUCAUUCAAAUUUUCAGGUUAUUUUCAGGGCAAAACGUGGUGUCAGUUACAUGGGAGAUGUGGCAGUGGAUGAUAUUACCUUUGAAGAUUGUUCCCCUCUGCUUAUCUCAGACAAACCUUGCACAUCAGAGGAAUUCAUGUGUGCCAACAAGUACUGCAUCCCAAAGAAUAAUCUGUGUGAUUUUGUAAAUGACUGUGAAGAUAACUCAGAUGAAAGCCCUAGUAUUUGCAGUACAUCUAUUGGGCAUUGCAAUUUUGAGUUUGACCUUUGUGAAUGGAAGCAAGAUGAAAAUGAUGAUUUCAACUGGCACCUCAGAACUAGCAGUACUGCAAAACUGGGCACUGGACCAGCUACUGAUCAUACACUGCAAGAGCCAUCUGGUCAUUAUAUUUUUAUAAGGAGUUCAUUUUUUCAGCUACCAGGACAGAAAGCUAGGAUUUCUAGUCCUGUCUUAAGCAGAAAGAAUAAAAACUGCAAGAUAAUUUUCUAUUAUCAUAUGUAUGGAGCUCACAUUGGAUCUCUGAUUAUCUACCAGAGAACUACAUUGAAACAUGAAAAAAUUCUCCUCAAUCUUACUGGAAACCAGGGAAAUUUCUGGCAGCGCAAGGCCUUGACCCUGUCUGGAGACGAAGAUUUUCAAGUUGUCUUUGAAGGAAUAGCUGGAAAAGGUGUCAAAGAUGGCAUAGCACUUGAUGACCUCACGUUUUCCAGGGACUGCUUACCAUCCCAGGAAUUUUUACCAGCAGAACCCACAGGGCUACCUCCAACAGGCUCCUGCUCACAUGGCCAUAGGCAGUGCCAGAAUGGCAAGUGUUACAGACCAGAACAAAGCUGUGAUUUUGAAGACAACUGCGGGGAUAAUACAGACGAGAGUGAAUGCGGAACUUCCUGCACCUUUGAGAAUGGCAGAUGUGGCUGGCAAAAUUCCCUGGCUGACAACUUUAACUGGGUGCUAGGGGUCAGCUCUCCUCAAAGUCUUAGACCUCCCGGGGACCACACGCUUGGAAAUAGAACUGGACAUUUCCUGUAUCUUGAGGCCACUGCAAUAGGCCUAAUAAAUGAAAAAGCCCAUGUGAAGAGCUCCAUAUGGAAAGAAUCAAGUGGGACUUGUGUGAUGAGCUUCUGGUACUUCAAGUCAUCAAAAGCCAUGGGACAUAUUCAGGUUCUGAUUAAGACUGAUAAUGGGAUUGUGAAAAUAUGGAGUGAACCAGGAACUCAUGGCGAUGAGUGGAACAAAGUCAAGUUGCACUUGGGGAAGCUGAGAAAUUUUGAAAUUAUCUUUGAAGGCAUUCGUACCAGAGAACUGGGAGGAGGAGCAGCAAUAGAUGACAUAGAGUUCCACAACUGCUCCACAAUUGGAGAGAAUCCCAAGGAAUGCCCUGCCCUCACUGAUUUUGUGUGUGGGAAUAAGAAUUGCAUCGAGUAUCAGUUCAUCUGUGACUAUAAACCAGACUGUGAAGACCUAUCAGAUGAAGCUGACUGCAGUUACUACACAAGUAUUCCUGGAAGCUGUAACUUUGAAACACAAGAUCAAGAGUGGACAACUGUAUGUGGAUUAACACAAGACACUACUGAUGAUUUUGACUGGAAAAUUAGCAACAGUGCUGUCACAGGACAAACAGGUCCUCAUACUGACCACACACCAGGUAAAGGACGGAGUUUUUUGUAUGUCAACUCAUCUGCCCAGAAGGAAGGGGACAGAGCAAGGAUAACUACCACCAAAUUCUUCCCAGCUAGUCUUGGGGUCUGUAGAGUUCGCUUCUGGUUCUGGAUGUUUGCUUCUAGGCGAACAGGAAUCUUAAAGGUAUACACAGUUGAAGAACAUGGGAUGGAGAUCCUUAUGUGGUCUUCCAGCAGAAACGAAGAAAACAAAUGGAUGUAUGGAAGUGCAGUUCUCUCCAGUAACAGCCUUUUUAGAGUUGCCUUUGAAGCUGAAGUGGGAUGGAGUCAGCCCACGGAAUUUGCUCUGGAUGAUAUUUCUUUCACCCCAGAAUGCAUUGAUGGAGGCUCAGCGGACCCACGGCCCCCCUCUUGCAGCGCUGAGCAGGUACCGUGCGCCUACGUGCAGCAGUGCCUGUCCCUUGCUGCGCGCUGCAACGGGGCCGAGGAGUGCGGGGAUGGAAGUGACGAGCUCAACUGCCCUGGGGACAUGCCCAGCACCACAGCUCCGGGCUCCUGCAAGGAAACAGAGUUCCUGUGUCCUUCCCGAGGCUGUGUCCCAUCCCUCCUGCAGUGCGAUGGCGUGCCUGACUGUCCCCGCCGGGAAGAUGAAGUUGGCUGCCCCAUUAAAGAUUGUUCCAAUGGUUCUUUGUUGUGUGCUUCAACUAAUCAAUGUAUACCACUCUCCCAGCGUUGUGAUGGAAUUGCAGACUGCGUUGAUUCCAGCCUUGAUGAGUCCGGCUGUUCAGUUUGUCCUGAGGAAUACUGCAGAAAUGGAGGAAAAUGCAUCAUCAAAAAUGACAUUCCAUUAUGCCAAUGUGGAAAAGGAUGGAAAGGAAACCGUUGCCACAUAAGAGCUAAGCCUCCUCAGCCUCCAAGUCUUCUACAAAAUGAUAUUUGGAUUGGAUUGGGUAUCGGUUUCUUACUGAUUAAAAUUACAGCUGCUGCCUUGUAUUUUCUUUUGAAGAAGAAAGUGCCAGAAACGAAAGUGCAGGAAGCUGCUAUUUCUUCAUUUGCCAAUCCUUUAUACAAAGACCUCAGUUCAUCUGGGAAAGUAAAGUCUCCUGGGUAUGUCACCUCAUCUGCUGUUCAAAUCAGUGUUUCUCCAUGGUAUGAGUAUCCAUCUAAUGAAGAUGUGAAUGCUACUUUUCCAAAUCCUCUCUAUGGGGUAGCAGCAGAAGACAUGGAGAAAUUAUGUAGCUCCUUGAAAACAUAAACACAAAGUAGGAUCAACAGUGAUUGCCUAACUCUUUGCCUAAAGAUUUAUUAUAAAAUCUGGAAGUGUGUCAUGAUAGUGUAUUAUUUGCAAUGUCAAUUAAUAACUCAUCACAGAAUACCUCUUAUUAGAACAAUUACAUUCAGAAAGUAAAUUUAUGUUAAAAAUGGAAUCCAUAUAAGUAAACCAUAAUUAUAUAUAGCCUUCUGUAAUUUCUGUUGGUGCAGAAAGAGAUUGAUAAUUAUAACUAUGAAUUCAUUUUACAUUUAUACAUUUCAAAUUCCAGUAUGUUAAUAAAAUGUUUAAUCAAAUCCAGAUUCUUUAGGUUUGGGAAUCAUAAUUUUUAUGUCCAUUAUUUGAGAAAUUAUGACUUAAAUAUUUCUGUAAUUUUGCACUGUAAAGAGAUUUUAACUGACUCUUUUAGUGUUCCAAGAGGCAGGAGCAAAAGAGAAGUCUGUAUAAAAUUAGAAAUGUAUUGAACUAAAUCAAGAAUGGUCAUGAAUCAUAGAUUUGAAUAUCGGCUCAGCAAGUGAUUCAUCUAUGUGACACACCAGUGUAUACACCUAUUUUGAAAACAUUUUAUUAUUAUUAACCUUGAUAGUUAUAUCUAACCAAAUUUUCCUCUGGUCAGCUCUACAGUUCUGUAGUUCUGACCACAGUGCUCCUGAUAAAUUUAGCUUAGUGGUUGGCAGAGGGUGAAAACUGGCAUGUUUAGGAAACCAUAUUUCUGCUGAAUAGGUUGGCUUCCCACACAGAUGAAACUUAUGUCAGCCCAUGCCUCCAUGACAAAGAUAUCAGGGAGAAAUUUUGGAGUGCCUUGUGAUUUUGACUGUCAUCCUCUGUGGUACCAGGCAUAGCUUCUAACACUGUUUACACUUUAAAUAACCUGACAAAAUGUCAUCUUCCAUAAUACCCAAUUGCAUUACAUGAUCGUCAUUUUUAGCUUGAAGGUUUAAGUGUUCCUGCUGUGCUUGUGUUUUCUCCCUUAUUGUAUUUCUACAGCCUGUUUAAUUUUAGACCCACUGGCAAGUCUUAAAGUUACUAAACUCCUACAAAUUGCAUAAAAACAGACAUCUUCACUGUAGAUGGCAUCUCUGCUAGUACCUUUAUUCAGCGGAAGCUCUAUUCCUUGACAUUUAUUAGACUUUUGAGACUCCAGACAGAAAAGCAUAUUGAUGCCUGCCUUCAUUCCAUCAUGCACAGGGCUUCUUGGUUUGGGUUUGGUGGGGCUUUUUUUCCUUUCACUUUUUCUUCAUAAAAUAACCACAACCUAUAUCUUUCUAUAUAUAUAUCGAUAUGUCUGUGGAUCUUUCUACUGGGGCCACAGAACUAUUCUUUGACUAAGAUUUUUUUGUUUGUUUGUUUGAUUGUCAUGUUGUUUCAGAAGUAGUAGGAAUAACAAGGUGUGAUGUUUGUCCAUCAUUCUCCCCAUACUUUCCCAGCAAUAUGCUAAUAAGUGCCUUUCUGCUGCAUUCAUACACACACCUGCCUUGCUGCCAUCUAGUUGAAAGUUACCAAAUGUUUUAAAUAAGGAAAUAUGAUCAUACAUGCUGUUUUCUUUCUGAAACAAGAUUAGUAUUACUAAAACAUAGAAUUUUCUUAUUAUACUUGUAGCUGUUAGGACGAGACACUGAGAAUACAUUUGAUCCAGGAAAGUGCCAAGUGCCUCCAGCUCCUGAACUCUGAUAAAUCUGUGUGAGAUGAUUGAUCUCUGCAUUAUAAACAGGCAUUGAACAUCCCUACAUGGUCAAGCCCGUGUACUCAAAUUCUCAUUUAUUCUGCAAUAGACUAGCACUGCUUGCAGAAUUUCAUUAAUGUGCUGGUUAUGCUAUAGUUCUUAAAUCUCCAUUUAUUGUGUCAUGCUCUGUGUGUCUGUAAAAAAUUACAUUAAUGAAAAGACAAUGGUAGAAUUUUAUCACAUUCUCCUUUAUGAAACAAAAUAUAUUUAUUUUAAUAUUUAUGGUAUUUAUAUUUUAAUGUCCCAAAUAAAAGUAGAUGAUUAUAAAGAAUUAUUGUAAAAGAACUCAGGGAACAUCAUAUUACUCAUCAGUAAUUAUCUCCUGAGAAAACUGUGACUAUUCUGGAUAAUCUCUGAAAUAAGUUAAGCCUUUCACCAAAAUAAUUUUCAAUUUUUAUAAUUGACAGAAUGUUUACAAAAAAAGUGCUGAAACUCAGUCUUUUAAUCUUCCUGGAAUUCAUUUUUUUUUUCUUCUUAUUUCAUUAAUAAUAACAUAUUUAAUUAUAUUCAAUAUAUGGUUAUUGUUUCAGCUGACUAGCAGCCCCAGACUGAAAUGCUUAAGACAAAAACUUUAUUUUUUAUUUAAUUUUCUGAAAUUUUUCAAUACUUAAAACCAAAUCCAUAGAAUUCAAAUUCUCAGUCAUUCAGUUUCAAUUUCAAAAUCCAGAGAACAAAUCCAAAGUAAGUAUACAGAUUAUAAAUAUACAGGAAAAAAUAUUUUUAAAAUUUGCUACAUAAGUUUCUUCUUCCAAUUUAUAAUAUGCCUUGAUUAAAUACC